GUAAAGAAUGAGUAAUUAUAAUAGUUUUAUUAAGCACACAUACAAGUGCACUUCCUGUAUUACACUGAUAUUUCCCUUUGCAUUGCAUAUAUCUGUCUGUUUGUGUACAGGAAACAGUGAGAGCACCCUGAAGGAGUUCCUCCUCUCCCCCUUCCUGUGGGUGCUGUCUCUGGGCUACCUGGUGGUGUUCGGGGUGAAGACGGCUGCCACUGACUGGGGACUGCUGUUCCUCAUUCAGGAUAAGGGCCAGACGGUCCUCAUGGGCAGCACCUACAUGAGUGCCCUGGAGGUGGGGGGCUUUGUGGGCAGCCUGGCAGCGGGCUUACUCUCUGACAGAGCUGUGUCUCGGCAAGGCUUGGGCACCCACGGAAACCCCCGCCACGGCCUGCUCCUCUUUAUGAUGAGCGGGAUGUGUGUGUCCAUGUACCUGUUCAGAGUCACCAUCACACCUGAAAUCCCCCAGGAGGCGCCUCUUUGGGUCCAAGUCAUUCAUCCUGUCUCUGUCCUCAUUGGUGUAUCAGAAAAAGAGAUCUGGAUCCUAUUCCUCGGUGCUAUGUUUGGAUUUUCUUCCUACGGACCAAUCGCCUUGUUUGGGGUGAUAGCCAGUGAAUGUGCUCCUCCGAAUUUCUGUGGAACCUCUCACGCUGUUGUGGCUCUGAUGGCUAAUGUGGGGGCGUUCAUGGCGGGGCUUCCCUUCAGCACUAUUGCCAAACAGCACAGCUGGGACAUGGCCUUCUGGGUAGCCGAGGUGAUAAUGGCCUCUGCCACCAUUGGCUUCUUCCUCGUACGCAACAUGCGCACCAAAAUGGGACGCAUCGCAGAGAAAAUGGACUAACGUGUCUUCCUGAAAUUAGAUGAAGGUUGAUAACAUGUUAUGUGACAAACGGCCUAUCACUAAAGACAGCUCCUUUUACAGAAUACUGCACAUUAAUACGUCAAUUUGAACAAAAAUACUGAUCGCCAUAUUUUUUCUGAUGAAUUGGGUUGAUGUAGAUGCUCCGGUGGGGUGAAGUCAUUAAACUACUUUAGAUAGAAUUACAUUACUUAAACUCAAUGCCAGGCAGAAAUAUGUAUUUUUUUACAGCCUGCAACAUUAAUUUAAACUAAACUUAUUCUCUGUACUUCGGAUACAAAAAGUCUGCCUUAUGACUCCUAAUGAACUUUAAAGGGUUUAAGUGUUUGUAUUUUGGAUGCACACUUAAUAUGAAAGGUUUAACUUCCAUUAUAAAAAUAAAAACUCAAUGUUUUUGAUCACCAUAAUGAUCAAAAAAUGAAAGAGCCAAGAGAGAUCUCUGUCGCAUAUGUACAAAUGUUCUUCUCCUGUUCAACCGCACAAAGAAAGUAGAUGUCUUCCAUUGAAAUGCUUCCAUUUAGUCAUAGAGGCAGUACUCACAUAGAGACCUUUCAGUUUAAUGGCAGCUGUACACUCAAAAGAACCUGGAUAUAGUGUAGUGUUGAGGCCUGUUGACAUCAGGUGGACGCAUGCUGCUCAUUGCGUACUUGCCUUCAGUGGAGGUCACUUCUCUUGAACUUAUUGAAUGUUUUCUGAUGGGCCUGUAUGAUCUAAACUAUUAUCUGUCUAGGUAUUUGCACACAUGUGUCUAGGUCAUUUUAUCAAUACAAACAAAUCAUCAUUUCACUGAAAUGAAGUCAUUGGAGAACAUGUUAUUUUUAUACGCAAUGUAAUGCUAGUUGAUGCAGAAUAACACUCGCCAGCUUUUGUGAUGCUUUCAAGGAUCACUCGAGGAGUUGUAUCACUGCCACUGUAGCUCUGUACAGACAUAAUAUAUUAACUUCCUCACCCAAAAAAUCUGAGUUGUCAACUUAACAAUUACUGUGAUUGUACAAUACAUAUGUUGUGCAGUAAUGUCUAAUUUGUUCGGUUUUUCUUCUGUAAACUGGCAAAACACAUGAAUAAACCUUCAAUAAGCUGCUAUUCCAA